CCACCCAGAAGCCCCUCUCCUUUUCUGUUCCUUUCUCAGUGGCUGGUAGUCAGUAGAGUUUGAUGAUACCAGGGUGAAGAUUUCUCAGAGACUUCCCUGACCAUCUGUAGGAUUUGAAUGGCUUUGCCUGAUGUCUGGGUCUGGUCUCCAGACACUCACAGACUAGAAGCCUGAUGAAAGUGCAGGCUGGCGGUUCUAAUCUGCUUGGCUUAAAUUAUCAGCAUUUCCUGAGAGCUGGAUAGAGAGGAAGUUGUGGAGGGACUAGCUCUGAAACUAUCUGAUGUAGAAACUCCAUACACCGAACCUAAAAACUGACCAUGCUGCCAAGGUCCCCGAAGAGGGAAGACACGAGGAAACAGGCUCCUGCCCAGACACAGCACCAUGCAUCUCCUCGGCCCCUGGUUCCUGCUCCUUGGUAAGGACUGUGGCCUAGGCUUGGGUUCUGGGAGUCUGUGGGAGCUAGAGGAGGAGGAAAGCUCUGGAGCAAAGAAAUACUUGGCCUUCUCUGACUCAUCUCAAUGGAAGUUUGAGCACCCCCACACCCUCUACACCUGGGAUGGGGCCUGCGUCUGGAUUCCCUGUGACUACAAAAUUCCAGGGAGUAGACAAAUGCUGGAAAACCUGACCCUGUACCACAACUAUCACUAUGACGAGACCCGCAAGGACUUCAGUGGGACCAUCCUGUACGAUACCGCGAAGGCUGGGAAGACUCUGCCUCACCGGGAGAGGGUUCAAUUCCUGGGAGACAAAAAGUCCAACUGCACCAUACACAUCCACCCUGUGUCCGUCAAUGACAGUGGCUGGCUUGGGCUGAGAGUGACAACGAAGAAUGACAAAUGGAUGGAGAAAAUAGACCUCAACGUCUCUGAGACGCCUCUCUCACCUCACAUCCAGCUCCCUCCAGAAAUCCAGGAGUCCCAGGAAGUCACUCUGACCUGCUCGCUGAAUUUCUCCUGUCCUGGGUACCAGAUCCAGCUGAAGUGGUCCCUGGAGGAGCCUGCUGUCACCUCCACCCUCCUGACCACCAAGACCGUGUCCACACAGAGCAAGCUCACCUUCCAGCCGCAGUGGACUCACCACGGCAAGAAUCUUUCCUGCCAGCUCUGGGACCCCCGAGCAGAGCGGAUACUCUCCGAGGAAAGCGUGGGGCUGGAUGUGAAGCAUGCCCCAAAGUUGAAGAUUGAGGCCACCUCCAGAGAAGCCAUCGUAACAGAGGGAGGGUCUGUGACCAUGAGGUGCCAGGUCCUCAGCAGCAACCCAAGCUACCAGAAUAUAGCCUGGCUCAAGGAUGGGACCCUGCUGAGGGAGGAGGAGACACUCACGCUGACUCUGUCCACUGUGACCAAGGAGAUGAGUGGGAAGUACCAGUGUGAGGCCUCCAAUGAAAUAGGCCCAGGACAGUCGGAAGAAGUGGACCUUCAAGUAUAUUAUGCUCCGGAAUCUUCCAGAGUUGAGAUCCUCCCCUCACCAGCUAAGGAGGGAAAUAAAGUACAGAUGACUUGUGUGUCACCGGCCAAUCCUCCUCCAACAAAUUACACCUGGUAUCACGAUAAGAAAAAAGUACCCGGAAGGACAAGCAAGACCUUCCAGAUCCCAGCGGUCCUCCUCGGGCACGCGGGGUAUUAUUCCUGCUUGGCCGAAAACAGCCUUGGUACUGGACAAGUUGGCGGGGAAGCUGAGUUAGAUGUCCAGUAUCCUCCCAAGGAGGUAACCACAGUGAUUCAAAACCCCGCACCGAUUCGAGAAGGAGACAAUGUGACCCUGUCCUGUAACUACAAUUCCAGUAAUCCCGAAGUUACCCGAUACGAAUGGAACUUCCAAGGCUCCUGGAAAAAACCAUUACGCGAGGUGCUGGUAAUUGAGAAAGUUUCCUGGGACGCCAGGCCAAUCUCCUGUGCAGCCUGCAACCAGUGGUGUUCGUGGGCUCCCUCUGUCAGCCUGGAUGUCCUGUAUGCCCCAAGAGAUGUCAGGGUCCAGCAGAUCAGCCCCGCUUCUGACAUUCACUCCGGGCACCGAGUCCUCCUUGGAUGUAACUUCUCAAGUAGCCGCCCCAGAGACGUCCACUUCUUCUGGAAGAAAAACGGAAUCUUUCUGAAGGAGGGAAGAGAACUGACCUUUGACGCCAUCUCUCCAGAAGACGCUGGCAAUUACAACUGCUUGGUCAACAACUCCGUAGGACAGACCAUGUCUGAGGCCAGGAUCCUCCAAGUGCUGUAUGCACCGAGGAGGCUGCGUGUGUCCAUCGGCCCAAAGGACCAAGUGAUGGAGGGGAAGAAGGCAGUCCUGACAUGUGAGGGCGACGCCAACCCUCCCAUCUUCCAGUAUAGCUGGUUUGACUGGAAAAACCAAAACCUCCAGCAUUAUGAUCAGAUGCUGAGAUUGGAUCCCGUGAAGGUCCAGCACUCAGGAGCCUAUCGGUGCCAGGCCAUCAACCGGCUGGGCAUGGGCCAGUCGACCCCCAGCACCCUCACUGUCUACUACAGCCCAGAGACCAUCGGCAGGCGAGUGGCCGUGGGAGUGGGGUUCUGCCUGGCCGCCCUCCUCCUGGCCUUCUGGGGAGUCAAGCUUCAGAAAAGCUGGAAGAAGAUACGGAGCCAGCAGGGGCUCCAGGAAAAUUCCAGUGGGCAGAGCUUCUUUGUGAGGAAUAAAAAGGUUCGAAGGGCCCCGCUCUCCGAAGACCCUCACUCCCUGGGGUGCUACAAUCCGGUGAUGGAAGAUGCCAUCAGUUACGCGACUUUGCGCUUUCCUGUCGGUGACGCCGACGCACCAAUAACUGGAGACGCAGGGACCCCAGAGACAGAGGGACCUUCCCCAAACAGGGACGACACGGUCACUUACUCCGUGGUGCAGAAGCAUCGAGUGGGAGACUAUGAGAACGUGGUUCCAGAGAGUCCGGAAGACGAGGGGAUACAUUACUCCGAGCUGGUUCAUCUUGGGAUUGGGGAGCGGCCUCUGGCCCAGGAAAUGGUGGAAUAUGUGACCCUCAAGCACUGAGGAGCCAAACCCGCCGAAGCAGAGGCGAGGCGCCAGGGGACCGCAGGGGCCAGGCCCCGCCCCUGCUGCUCAGCAGGCCCCAGCCUCCCCUCCACACACACGCGCAGGCACACUCGCACGGUUACUGAAACCCCAGCCAGUGCACAGAACCUCGUGCGUCGCCCAGAGACAGCCUUCCUUCUCAACGCUGGGGGCCCUGGCCCUCCCAAAGGCCUGCUCCUGGCCCGCUCUCCUUUCCACCCAGAAAGUCAUCUAAACACCUAGCCUGCGCCCCUCCCCCGCCAUCUGCCACCACCCAUCCCCAGCUGGCCGUGUCCCUGCUGGGAUCGGCUUGUUACUAUACUUUUUUCUUCCCCUCUCCAUCCCUUUGGCCCCCUUGCCCCUGCUCUGAAAGUCCCCUCACUAAUUCUAUGCCUAAUGUCUGCCUCUGAGGCAAAGCCCAGGGAAGGAGGGGCAAAAAUGAGGGAGAAAGACUUGCUGGCCCGCUGGUUGCUCCUCCACGUGUCAGCGAGGCAUCCCACGUGGAGAGGAUUACGCUGCUGAGCCCCACGCCUCAGGGGUCUUGUGGUCUGAGACACACGCUGGUGUGGACAGACGUGUCACAAACACAGAGCUGCACAAUAAAAACAGCUCGGAUACCACUUCAAA